UAUGCUCAAAAUUAAUGUCGGUCCUGAGACUGUUGGAGAGUACUUAUGUGUCCUCAAUGAUUUCCGCGCUAAAUUUAUAUUAGAUGCGCCAGGUGUUCACAUGGAAUUUAAACACUGUAAUCCAACGGUGACUGUGGACUAUCUAAAGACAUCUUAUUUGGCUUGUUUCGUCACAAAUGGCAGCAAAUAUACCACAAAAUGGAUUAAGGGUGGCCAACAUUUCGAAAAUGAGUCUUAUCACUCAAGAAUCGAAAAGACCAAAUGGGGUCUCCUCAUUCGUACUACAGAAGUCAGUGACCAAGGGAUUUACUAUUUUUUGGUAUUUUUGGGGAAUAUGCUGAUAAAAACAAAGCCCAUCAGGCUUAUAGUGAACUGUAUUCCACAAUUUCUAUCCACUAGUUGGACCAAUCAUCCACUUCGACUCGAGGAUCCUCAUGCUCGGACAACCUAA